CCUAGGAAACUCUCGAACCAAGACAGCCGUCUCACGUUUUGUACCUACAUAUUUCAUCUGGUGAGUUGGUGGGAUUAUACGAACCCUGGAUAUAUUCAGCCCAGUCAGUCGCAAAAAGAGAACAUGCGAUAGACCUACAACACUUCGUCGCCUAUUUACAUCGUCAGCAAGCUGCACUAUCGCCGCAGGUACAUAGAGAUGCCCACACAGAAUCAAUAUAGUCAGACACGCUUCCAUGCGACUCGAUAACCUUGAGGCAAAAUGGCGGAGGAAGAUAUCCGCCAAGAGGAAUUAUCGACGAUAGCUGCUAUCUAUCCUGAGCUGCAAGUCGAUGAAAGUAACCCACACACAUUUUCGAUCGAGCUCCCUGUGAGCUUAUCUACCCCUUUAACUGUGCUUUUUCCGGCUGCAACUGAAGGCGCGCCUCCGAUUGAGCCAGCCCAAGGACAGAUCCCGUCGAUAGCAGCCGUAGAUUCUCAUUCCCUAUUGAACUUGCCUUCUCUACAAGUUAGUAUAGAGCUCCCAGAAGGAUACCCCUCAGAGAAACCACCCCAAGUCGGCAUUUCCACCUCGCCUCCAUGGCUUUCUGAACCGAUUUUGCGCAAGCUGGAGAAAGACGUCGAGACUCUUUGGGAAGAGAUAGGACGGGACCAGGUCAUUUUCACAUACAUCGACAACCUACAACAAUCCACCGACAACAUCUUCGGAUUAGUCGAUAGUAAAGGUCACUUGGAAGUUGGACCGGAGCACAAAAUAGCGAUCCUUGACUACGACAUUAAAGCUAAGCGAAGAGCUUUCGAGAAAGAGACAUUUGAUUGUGGCAUCUGCCUAGAUCCCAAGAAGGGUACCGUCUGCCAUCAAAUGCUUGACUGCGGUCAUGUAUUCUGUGUCCAAUGUUUACAGGAUUUCUACAAUACUGCUAUUACUGAGGGUGAUAUUGCUUCCGUAAUAUGUCUCCAGCCUAACUGCGCCAAAGAACGCGAGGAUGCUGUCAAGGGUUCUUCUAGGAAAAAGAAAGCAAAGACCUUCAUCAACCCCAGCGAACUCUUACAGAUUCCCCUCGAACGGGAUAUAGUCAAGCGCUAUGUUAUGCUGAAACAUAAAACCGAGCUCGAGUCAGACAAGAAUACCGUGUAUUGCCCUCGAUCAUGGUGUCAGGGUGCGGCUCGAUCGAAGAAGCACAAAAAGCCCGAAGGACUUGAAUUCGUCGAAGCAUCAGAUGAAGACUCGGAUGCAGAAGGUGCUGCAAGUAAGAAGGCGGAUGGGGAAACGGUUAGGGAUCUGCUUGCCAUCUGUGAAGACUGCGGUUUCGCUUUCUGCUCUCGAUGCGAGCAGUCGUGGCAUGGCGAAUUCACGUAUUGUAUCCCGAAAGAUCGAAAGGAAGAGAUUACAGAAGAAGAGAAGGCGUCACUGGACUAUCUGAGACUGCACACAACGCCGUGCCCGACAUGCGAUGCUCCGUGCCAAAAGACUCACGGUUGCAAUCACAUGCGUUGUUUCAAAUGCCAGACGCACUUCUGCUACCUCUGUUCUGCUUGGCUUGAUCCUUCAAACCCGUAUCAACACUUCAAUAUUCAACCUUCAGGGAAGACGAACGGUUGUUACAUGAGGUUGUGGGAACUCGAGGGAGGGGAUGGGGAUGACGUUGGCAUCGGUUACGCAGGUAAUGCCGCGGGUAAUGAUAACGUCGUACCCGGGCAGUAUGGUCAACAUCUAGAGAUUGUACAACAGGGCCUUGCAGACGACGAGUCUGACUCCGACUCUGACGAGGCUGAUGAAGAAGCAGAGGCGGUAGCAUUGGCACCGCGUCAACAACCGCAGCCAAGACCCGGCCAGCGUCAACCGCCAAGAGAUCAACCUAAUGGAAGAGUCGCCGUCGCCCGCGAGGGGCCGCUUGUGCUCCGAAUCGAGGGCGACGCACCGCCGGUUCAAGGAGGAGUGGUACGACGUCCACAGCCCGGCAUUCCAAAUCCCCGUGGAGAGGCAAAUGCCUUGCAAGCAGGUCGACAGAAUGGCCGGGGCAAUAGGAGAGGUAGAGCAAACCCUGGGAUAAAUCGGCAACACAACCGGAAUCGACCUCAGGGGCAGAACCAACGAGUGAUCAACAACGGUCGCGUCCGACAGAAUUGGAUGGGGGACGACGUUGUGCUCCAAGCGGACGGCCAACUAAAUGACAGGGACGCUGCGUGGGUUCGCCAAUUCGUGCAGCUGGCACUCAACGAUCAGGAAGAUCUGCUCGACUCGGACAGUGAUGACGAGUAGACAGGGAGUUCCUGAUAGGCACGAAUCGGCGUCUGGGCGGUAGGCAAUGCGAGGCACGAUAUUCCUAAGAUGGUAACAAGGAUGUGCAGAGGCUAUUUUCUUUUGCGAAUUU